AGCUAGGAAGGAGUCAACCUCUCAUCAUCAUAGUACCGUGAAGAGGUGUGAACCCAGCGAGCACACAGCCGUCACAGUACCAAGAGAACAUUAAAAAAACCCGGUUGAGUCCUUCAUACAGCGAGGGUCAACAUGUCUGAGACAUACGACUUCCUGUUUAAGUUCCUGGUGAUUGGCAGCGCUGGGACAGGGAAAUCCUGCCUCCUCCACCAGUUCAUUGAGAACAAGUUUAAACAGGACUCCAACCACACCAUUGGCGUGGAGUUUGGUUCCAGAGUGGUCAAUGUUGGUGGAAAGACAGUCAAACUGCAGAUCUGGGACACCGCUGGGCAGGAACGAUUCCGUUCUGUUACACGCAGCUACUACAGAGGAGCAGCUGGAGCACUCCUCGUUUAUGAUAUUACCAGUCGGGAGACAUACAACGCUCUAACCAACUGGUUGACAGAUGCUCGGACUCUGGCAAGCCCCAACAUUGUUAUUAUCCUGUGCGGCAACAAGAAAGACCUGGAUGCAGACAGAGAGGUGACCUUCCUGGAAGCGUCACGUUUUGCUCAAGAAAAUGAGCUGAUGUUCCUGGAGACAAGCGCUCUGACAGGGGAGAAUGUCGAGGAGGGUUUCCUCAAGUGCGCUCGCACCAUCCUCAACAAGAUAGAUUCAGGUGAGUUGGACCCGGAGAGGAUGGGUUCAGGUAUCCAGUAUGGAGAUGCUUCGUUAAGGCAGCUGCGACAGCCAAGAGGCACCACCACACAGAAUAAGCAGCAGUGUAAUUGCUAGGGGUCGGAGCCCCAUCCUCACUUCAGCCCACAGGCCCGCACAGACAGGACGCCCCCUACAGCUCCAGGUGUUUUUCGGUGUGUGGGACCGUCCUCUCUGCAGUCUCACACACCUUGGAUCACCUGGAUGAGUGGUCACUGCAACCCCUGACCCCUGACCUCUGGUAAGACUCUCUACUCCUAACCUGAGGGGGUGAGCUUUGUCCUUGUGUGUGGGCAGGGAAACCCCUCAGUGUGAACACGCUGGGAUCAUGAAGAAGAGUCUAAUUCUUAAAAAAAAGAUUUCUCAGUGACUUACCAGACAAGGCUGAGUCACGGGUUGUGCGUAUGGGUUGCCCUGCUGUUGUUUAAUUUCUUUGCUUCUCAUUCUGGUUUUAGUAACACCUACAUGCUUUUUUGUUUGCACAUCACUGUUUGUAAAUUAUUAUUGGUAAACAAUUUUAUUCAUAUUCAUUGUGCGACCUAUUUGGUUAUGAUUCAUGUUAAGUUUGGUCAGCGCUUUUGAGUUUCAAUAUUCGCAACUGCACUUGUUAAAAAUUACUUUUUUAUUAUCCAUUAAUUGAGUCGACUGUAUUUUUUCGUAAAAUCAGCCUGUCAUUGAUGGUGACUACGUGAUAAAAACGUAUCCUCUUAAAAGUAAAAUGAAGUCAACAUGCACAGAUUUUGUUUUAGAAAUUUUGUAGAUAUUUUGAAAUUCAGAUACAAUGUAAAUUUGUAAAGGUUUCUGCAGCUGUUGUCCAAUAUUUUUUCCUGAUCCAAAUGGAAAUAGAUGAUCAGUGAGUUUAAAGAUAUACUAUGCAGGAUUUUCCCAGAAAAAAACGUAAAGAGUCAUACAGAAGUAAUCCCUCUGAAUCAUCACAAAUGACCCACUUUCAGUGUGUGGCAGUGUAAUUUUUCUGCGGACUCUGAAGGCCCUCUGCCUUUGUUUUCUUAUUUUUAUCUCAAUUUCAGUGUGUGCACAUUGAUGGAUGUGUACCCAUUUUAAAGUAAUUGACAAUCCUGCAUAGUAUCCCUUUAAUUGUAGUUAAGAUUUUUAAAGUCAUACAGGUCCAAAUGUAGAGCCCAGUUCUUUUACCCGCUCUUACCCUUUUUCCACCAACAUUGAACUGGUUCCUUUCUGGUUCCCACACCUAAUUUUAACUGUUAAGAGCAUUUCGACCAAAAACAAAUUGGUUCAGAAGCUGAAAAGUUGGUUUGAAGCGGGAACCAAAAAAUUGCAGGUUUUCCGUGAUUUGAAGUGCAAACCGUGAUGACAGAAUGGAAAGAGCGGAUGGAGCAGGCAAUAAUGGAGAAGUAAAGUGAGAAAUUGUCGGGAAAUAAGUGAGAAAUGGUCUUUUUAAUAGUCGGUUCAUGCUUGUUUUGGGGGUCAAAACAAACAUCUGUAAUAACAGGACAAUAGUUUGUAGGGAAUCAGUGUAAUCUGUGAUUUUGCUUCUAUUGUUAAGUUCUGUUGUGCAUUGUGCAAGACCCUCUCUUGAUGACACGUCCUUGAUUUUAAUGGUUCCACACAAAACUGAUGGUUCGCUAGACAGCACCAAGGUUCCAGGAAUCCUAAACGGAACCAGUUCAAGAUCAAGAGACAAUGUAAUGGAAAAGGGGUAUCUGAGAUGUGUGUGACAUUGAGUCAUUUGACUUUUUGAUUUGCAUAAAAAUGCACUAUUAUGGCAUAAGUGUUGCCCUUCGUGAUAUACUUGAUAUUGUGGAUCUACAGUAUAUUAUUCUUCAUCAUAUCUCUAAACUGUCAAAGGGAACAGUCCAACCACUCCAUUCUAACAUAAAUGAGCCUGUGGGUUAAGUUAAAAGCACAAAAAAAAGAGUCUUUGCUCUUUAUUUUACUCCAAAGUUCCCAACAUCUGUAGAUUCACAUCAUCAGAUUUAGCCCAUAGUUAAGUCCCAGUGUCUCCGGUCCUGUCACAGUGUAAAGUUUAAGAAAGGGUCAUCAAUCUUUUCAAAACUAACAUUGCCUUUGACUCCUCCUGCUGGGCUUUUACUCCAUUUUUUUUUUUGACCUCCCUUUAAUUCACGCCGCACAAUCUGCGUUAGGGACGUCACAGGAAACCACAGUUGGUUUUGCCUCAGUGCCAUGUGUGGGGGAACUUUCAGCUGCCCACUCAGUUCCCUCACAGAGGCUUGGCACUGUUUCAGCAUGCAAGGCUGUAAAGGCACCUUGAUUAAAUUCAGGAAGCUGUUUUUAACCUCCAAGGUAGUUUUCACUUCUCUUUGUUGAAGCUGCUCCGCUACUAAAUGUCACCGAGUUUGCCGAGCCGACCCAGAUGUUUUCUCCUCAGAGCAGACCCUGUGUUGCCCCAGAGAGAAACAGGGAAUUUCCACUUGAACACGGUUUCCUCUUUCCAUGCAGCACUGACGGCAUGGUUUGUAGUGCUGCCGGAGGAGAAUGAGGUUGCGACUUAAUAACUUAAAAACAUCCCGCCCUGCUGUUGAGUCAACGGCACUGCUUCUGUCUGAACCACUGAGAGCAGGUCAUACUGACCCAGCCAAGAGGAGAUCAAAACUAACUGUCUGCAAAACUGUUUUCUGAUGUCUCAAGUGUUCGCAUACAUCCUCCCAGACAUACCGUAUGCGUUUUAAGCUCAAGUGAGCCAGCACACUGAAGGGAAAGAGUGCAAACAUGAGAUAGUAUAGUAUAUCAAGAGAGACAAAUGGUCAAAAAAAAUGUAGUUUUCAUAAAAUAUUGGCAUUGUGUGAUAGUUUUUCUCCUUCUGCAAGUGCACUUUUACUUUUGGAUUUUCAUGUUUUGUUUAUAUGCUGCAACUAUAGAAUUGUACAUUUUAUUUUACUUGAACAGUAUGCUGUAAUAAAGAUUUUAAUAGUAUAUGUUUAUCAUUUCUUACUAAAUAAAAACUGAGAUUGUUAAUCUGAUCUCUGCCGUAAUGAGGCAAGGCUGCUGUAGCGGUGACACCUCCUGCUGUCUGAGGUUUAGUUAGUCUGUUGCCCGCUGCUGACGUGGAGGUGGCGAUGAAAGGAUGUUCACUUCCUGAGCUGUAGGAGGCCGUCAGAAGCUCUGAUCUCUCGUGUUCGCAAGUUGGCAUUUAUACUCAGUUAUGGAGUCACAUAAAUGGUCGAGUGCUGUUAAAUCAGCGUGCAUUUAUCUGUAUGUAUUUAUUGUACAGUUCAUAUUAAGCACUCAUCAAAAUACCCAUACGAUAAACUUCCUUUCCUGUGUGGAUUCAAUCAUGUGAUGAACGCAAUCCAACUCAGUUGUUGCUUUGUAACUAAUGUUAUAUAAUCAACCCAAAAUACUACUGUACAUCUCAAGUAACCGCUGCUGUAAAUAAGAUUUGUCUAUUGUCCAUUGAGGGUGAGUGUUGCUCAUUGAUUGUAAUGAAUAUGCAAUUCCCAGUAAACUGCUUGUUUUUUCAGUUAA